GCAGUUUUUUAGCUUUUGUUCCUGAAGAUUAAUAUCGGUAUUACCUUUUUUCAUAUAUCAAUGCGAAAAAUUAACAAUAGUCAAUGAAUAUUGAAUGAAAAUUCGUCAUAAAAUAGAAGGAUUUCUAACCAUUCACCUUAACAAUGUUUUACCCCUUCUUACAUAUUCUACCGUGAAAGAUAAACAGCCAAUCAGCGUUAAAAAAAAGAUAAACGCCAAAGCGAACUAAACGACAGCGAGCGAAUCAGGGCAGAGGCUCUAAGAGUUCAUUUUCUCUCGCGGUUUUAUCACGUUCAGAAGUUGGCUCUAGAGGAUGGAUAUGAAUAAAUGUAAAUCCACUUCUUAUAUGAUUGAUAGUAUUCUUGGAAGAAGAUCCCCUUCUCCUAUACAACCACCUAUGUCUUCAUCGCCUAUAGUGCAAGUUCACGACGCAGAUGAGGAACACCCAACACCAUCUCCACAACCAAACUCCGUUCAAGAUGUAGAAGAAACAUCUCCUGAUGUUGGAGAGGAUAAAGAUGAUAAGCCACGCAAAGUUCGACGAAGUCGAACAACUUUUACAACAUUUCAAUUGCAUCAAUUAGAAAGGGCGUUCGAAAAAACUCAGUACCCAGACGUGUUCACAAGAGAAGAGCUCGCAUUGAGAUUGGAUCUAAGCGAGGCCCGUGUACAGGUCUGGUUCCAGAACAGACGCGCUAAGUGGAGGAAGAGAGAGAAGCAAUUGGGUAGAGAGAGUCCUACCUAUUUAGCUUCUCCAGAAGAAUUGACGGCAAAUAUCCCUGCCGAUCUAUUAGCUGCUCGAAUGGCUUUAAAUCCGGUUUUGGGGUUGCAUCCUACAUUAGCAUAUCUCCAACAUAAGCUACCAUAUCUACCACCACCUCCACCACCUACUCUUCUACCACCGCCUUUCUUUAGACCCCCUUUACAUACCGAUUGCAGUUCGGAGGAAACGCUCGAUUUGAGAAAGUCAUCGAUAGAAGCUUUACGUGUUAAAGCUCGACAAAUUCAAAGGCCGACCUGUAAAUCUUAGACAUUUAUUAUACCACUAUACGUAUUCGUUUUGUCUGUGUAAAUAGCCGAUAGACUAUAUGUAGAAAGAGAGAGUAUGUUUACCGAUAGAAAAUUAUGUUUAUAAUAUAAUGCCAUAUAAUACAGAGUACAUUGACCUUGGUGUGACAAAGAGUGCGUAAUUAGCCCUGAAGCGUGUUGGAGGCGGGAGGAUAUUAAACGCAUUAACAUGUCCGUGACGUGAGCUUUGUCAAACAUGUCUAUAUCUCAGUUUUCUGCCCCUCAGAUAAGCAUCUCAAUUGUUAAUACCAUAUAAUAUAACUUUAGUCGAAUUAUAACCAGUCGACCGAACAAAACAACCCGAUUGUUAAAAAAAAAAUCCCACUUACGAACCGAUCCAUAGGCGAAAUACAAUGGGCAAAUAAAGCUAAUCAGAGUUAAUUGAAUUUCUAAUAAAGAAAAUAGCUAUAAUUUAAGAGCGUGUAAUUGGAAAAUGCACAUCGACAUAAUGAAAAUCGAUAAGCAAUAAAAAUGUGAUUUGUAUGGAACGUUCUCAGCAACUAACUUGAAAAAAUUCUCUUAUUUAUCAAUAUAGAAAAUUUAAG